UACGUUUUUAACAGUAAUAUGGACUCCAAUUCUACAAAUGGUGAGCCGGGUCAUGCCCCAGGGUCCGGGAUAGUAUUACCUCCCAUUUCAUAUAUCUCUGGACGCGAUAGUAAUGAAGAACCUUCACAUGCGCCUGUUCCACUUCCACACGGCGUGAACAACAUUAUUUCCCCAUCACUGCCCAUAGAAACCAAGGUAAAUACCAAUCAGCCGGUACAGGCUUCAAACUCAGGCAGCCCUGAAGUGAUAAAAUCUACCCCUCCAGUAUUUGGGUCUCAAGUAAAAUCUGACAAUGCGCAAGAGAAACCAAUUGCUCAAGAAACUGGACAUUCUGCUGGAUCUGUUGAUCAUCAAGAGGGUGUCAUUGCCAGUCAAAGUACCCCACCAGCUCAACAACAACAUCUCCAUCAACUGGCUCCUAUUCAAACACAUCAAGAAAUGGUAAAUAAACCCAAUUCUGAAGUGAUACAAUCUCAAACUCAAAAGAAUGCACAUCCGCCAGCGGAAUCUAAUAACAGAGAAAACAUUAAGAGAGAAUCUGAUCAUACUGGAGCUAUAUCAAAGGUUAAAAAGGCUAAAUCAAAGACAUUUGAUAAGUCAAAAUUGGAUAGAAUUUUGACAGAGUUUUUCCCCACUCGUCACAAUUUAGGAACCAUCAUGUAUAAUCCAACUACUACUUGGGCUACGCUACAAACCGAGAGACUCAUUGGCUUGAAGCCCGAACAUUUCCAACGAUUUAGAGAAUUAAAGCAGGACUUUGAAGAAAAGCUCGAUGACUCCAAUUUUGUGGCCGAUGUCAAAUAUAUACCAUGUAUCCCUGCUCUUCCUACUGAAUAUUCCAAUUCAUUAUUAGAAAUCAAAAUACCCAGACAUUUCAUUGACACUUUUUUGAAAGAAGCAAAGUAUGCCACUGAAAGAAAACUAUGGGGAGGACUUGGUGGUAUUUAUACGGAUGAUUCUGAUAUCUUGAGUGUUCUUCUUCAUUUGGGUCUCUUUCAAGAUGAAGCAGACUUUUCAGAAUGGAACUCUGCUUGGACUGGUACAAGCAUUAUUAAGCCUCUCGAUCAAUCCAUUAACAUAGAGGAUUGUGACCUUUCUGUGACUAUAUUACUUUUACCGCCUUUAGAAUCAUAUUCAGGGUAUUAUUCUAAUGGAGUGAAUUCUAGAUCGUGGUCAUCAGGACAUCAAAAACAUAGAGGACUUUCAAUGGUUGUUUAUAACGCAAAGUGGGAAACGAGUGGAACAUAUUUACUCGAUUCUAAUCUUGUCAAAUGGGCUCGUAAAGAGCUCAUGGAAGACAUGAAACAGGUGAAAGAAGUUAUGUGUGGAAGCUCGGGCUGGAAGUUCAGUAAGGUAUAUUAUGAUGAAUUGCGUGAAAAGUAUAAGAAGUUGGAAGAAGAAGAUAAGAAGAAGAAGAACGAGGAGAAGGAACAAACGGAACAGAAACAACAAUGAGAACCCAUUGAUACUAUGUAAAAUAUGUAACAUCAAGUAAAAGUAGAAAAAAUAU